AACCUGUUUAUUCUAUAUUGGCCUUUAUGCCUUAAAAAAAUAUACAACCUGUAAAUAACAAUUUUCUAUGAAAAAAUAUUGAAUAUUGUUUAAUAAUGUAGAUUUUCAAUUCUGUCCCUUUGUUCAAUUUGUGUUCAUCCGUGUUCAAUGAAAGCAGUUGUAUUUUCACAAAAAUGAAGAUAUUAAAUUAAGGGAACAAAGAAAGAAAAAUGUUUUUUUUUCGAGAUUAUGUGUCAGUGUCAAUUGUAAUGAAUCUUGGUAUCUAGUGCGAAAUGAGUGCCGGUUCUCAAGGUUCAGCAUCGGAGCAUGGACAUGCGGUGGUUGUUUGGGAAUGGGAAAAUCGACAAGGGCGAUGGAGGCCCUACAGUCCAGCAGUUUCCCAGCAUCUCGAAAGAGCUCACUACAAAAAACUCACCAGGGUCUUUCUCACUGAUGCAGAUCCAAAUCUUGAAGGAUAUUACAUAAAUUUAAAAACCAAAAUGCAAUGUACGGAAGAGGUUGACGAAUGUCAUGAAGUUAGAAGAAAAUUUUAUCUUCCUGGUUCACCAGCAGGCAGAGGAGCUAAGUGGGAAUGGGCCGGCGAUACUGAUGAUUGGCAUACUUAUGAUAUGGAAGUACAAUGUCUUAUUGAAGAAGCCUGGGCAAAGGGAGAUAAGACUAUAGACGUAUCUAAAACGUAUUUGGGCUUUCCAUAUAUUAUAAACUUUUGUAAUUUAACUCAAGUUCGAUGUUGCACUGGUUAUGUAAGGUCUAUUCGUAGAAUUUUACAAGCACCUUAUCCCUUAGUAAAAGUAACUCUCGAAGAAUUACACAUUAAUACUGAAAAAAGGUUUAUGUCAACGAUUUCAAAAUCUGGAAGUUCCAAAUCAACGAGCAAUAAAAAGACUUCAAGCAAUAAUAAUAAAAAAAAUAAUAAGAAAAAUAAAAAUGACACCGGUCCCACAAACAUUGCUAAAGUAAUUCUAAGCAAUUUCAAUAUAUUUAGUAGCAAGCAUGGUGUAGAAAACAAUUCAGAGAAUUCAGUUUCGUGUGAUCAAAAGAAAAAGACUUGGGACACAAUUUUGGAUGCAGAUUCUAGUAGUACAAAGAGUGGUCGAAGGCCAAGUGUAGAUACGGUCUCUACUUACCUCAGUCAUGAGAACCCUAUUGACUUGCUAGACAGUAGUGUGGGAAUUGAUGAUGCCUACAAAGAAUCUCUUGUUGGUGUGGAUAUGGCUUCUGACGUAAUAUCACAAUAUGUUAAAGUUGUAGAAAGUGAUGAAUCUGACUCUUGUCCUGUAUGUCUUGGACCUCCGGAACCACUAACUGUAGAAUUGACACGUUGCAGACAUAGAUUACAUUUAGCGUGUCUUAAUGCAAUGCUACAUAAUCAAAAGCAACCGAUUUAUAUUCAGUGUCCUGUCUGCGGAUUAAUAUACGGUGAAAAAAGAGGAAAUCAGCCACCAGGAAGCAUGAAUUGGACCAGAAUUCCUCGUUCUCUUUCUGGUUUUCAAAAUUCAAAUACAAUUCAAAUUACGUAUGAUAUUCCUUCAGGAAUCCAAGGUCCGGAACAUCCUAAUCCAGGUGAAAUGUAUUACGCAGUAGGAUUUCCAAGGGUUUGUUAUCUUCCAGACAAUGAAUUGGGACGUAAAGUUUUAAGACUGCUUCAAGUUGCAUUCGAUCGAAGACUGAUUUUCACGAUCGGACGAUCCGUGACAACAGGUCGAGAAGACGUUGUUACAUGGAAUAAAAUUCAUCACAAGACAGAGUUAGGACCCUCUAUCUCGAGAUACGGGUAUCCAGACAAAAAUUAUUUAGAGCGUACUAUCUCAGAAUUAGCCGCUCAAGGUGUAACCGACUUUCAACCAUAUUCCACUCUUUAUCAGGAACUUCAUUAAUUUGUUAUCAUGCGAACGCAAAGAAUUUUAUAGAAUUGCAGUACAAAUUAUUAUAUUUUUUUAUCUAAAGAACUUUCAAUAAAAGUUUAGGAGAGUUUAAUUUUGUUUUCAGGAUUAUAAGAAAAGUCUUCCAAUGAUUCUUUUUGAAAAUUAUGCAAUAAGUGUAAACACAAUUAUAUUGUGUGAUAUAUUGUUUGAGUCAACAUAAAAACAGAAAUAUUAGUAUUUAAUCCUUGUUCGACAGUAUAAACUUACUACAUUUGUAAGCGGCAUAAGUACAAUUGUACUUACUUUUAACUUUUGUUAUGAUAAUAUAAAAAAAUUAAUUUUUAUGUUUGUUUUAUCAUAUAUUUUAUUUUAUACUUUAAUACUAUAUUGCAAAUGUGAUAACCAAUUAUUUUACUAAUUGUUUAAAAAAUAAUAAUUCUAUUAUACUAUUAAGUAUUUGUUAUUAUUAUAUUAUUUUAUACUUAUGAUAAUUAAUUAUAAUUUCUCUUAUUGAUUAAAAAAAAGAAAAAAUAUAUUAACAAUUUACAUGCAAACAUAUAAAGAUGCAAUUGUACUUAAAACGUUUAGAAAUGUAAUAAGAUAUACUUUAAUUCACAUCUCAAAAAUAGGUAACGAUAUUUUUAUUAAAUUUUUUUACUCACAACAGAAGCUGUACAGGUGUCAAAAAAUUCUGACCUUUCGGCAUUAAUAAAAAAAAGUUUUCAUAAUUUAAAAUCACUAAUUAAUAAGGAUUAAAUAUGAUUUUUCUAUUUUGACUUUGAAAAAAAUUAGGCGUAUUUAAUAAGUGCCUUUUUGAAUCUCGUUUUAUGACAAAUACGAAUUAAACUUAUUAAGCAAUUUAUGUCAAAUAAAUUACAAUGAAUUUAAACAUAUUGGGAAAAUAAAUUUUUUAAUUCAUAUUUUCUCCAUAUAAGGGAAUACACUGAGAAAAAAUUAUUUGAUUCAAAUAAACGGUUACUUGACUAUUAUUUGAGUCAAUGAAAUGGUAUGUGUUUAAAAUACAGAAAUUAUUGGUUCAAAUACAGUAUAUUUAAUUUAAAUAAAAAUUAUUUGGUUCAAAUACAGUAUAUUUAAUUUAAAUAAAAAUUAUUUGGUUCAAAUAAAUAUUUAUUUGAUAAUAGUCAAGUAACAGAUUAUUUGAAACAAAUAAAUUUUUUUUUCAGUGUACUUACGGGUCAUGUUAUUAAAAAGAAAUUUUUGGGAAUCUAUUGCGGACCUCAGGAUGUCCUUAACUGAAAAAGGGAAAUUUUGAUUUUGUGGAAAGAGAUUAAGAAAACUACUAAACGGAAUAAAGCCGUCAAGAUUUUAAACUUUCCAGAAAUAAUUAAGAUAAAAAAAUUCAAAAAAUGUAUAGUGUAAGAUUUUAUUAAUGAAGUACAAAAAGUUAAUAUCUUUUCUUACUUAACCACUAUAAAUUCCCAAAAUUGCGCUCAAAAACAUGGUUCGCAAGUAGACUAAGGGGCCAUCCAUAAAUUACGUUGCGCUUGAAGGGGAGGGGGGGGUCAAGAAUUUGCAACAUUCAAUAGAAAAAAUGGCGCUAAUGUAUGCAAAAUGUGCAACAUAGGGGUGGGGGGAGUCGAAAAUGGUGAAAAAUAGUGCAACGUAAUUUAUGGAUGGCCCCUAAUAUGAAUAAAAUACUACGCACUUUUAUUAAACACCGCUCUUGUAGAAAAAAUUCAGGCUGAGCUAGGUAGACAAAUUUUUUGUUUCAUCAAUUUCUAGAAUAAGCACAGCAGUAGAACAAGUGUCAUAUUACAAAUUAUUUAAUAUUAACUUAGACACUAUUUGUUUUAACUUAAGCAGUAAAACGUAUUAAAUUAUGUUAUAUUUCUAAUUUCUAUUAUAUCAAUAUUUUAAUAAAAUGUAAACUUAUUGUUUACUAAAAAGAACAUUUAAUGUAUGGAAAGUUAAGUUCGCUCAAAUACUUUAAAAAUGUGCAAUACAAUUUAUUCUUUUAAAGUCAAUUUAAUUUAAAGAAUUAUCUUCUUUAAAACAUUUGAGUCAUUCCAUUAUAUUUCGACUAAUGUCGUUGCCGACUAAUUUUAAAAAAUUAUAAUAAUACUUUGCAGAAAUGAUUUUAAAGGAUUCAAUAUCACGAAAUGAAAAGAAUUUUAUUAAAAUUUGUAUUAUUUUUUGUAAAAUAAGGAUCUAAAGUAUAUGAGGUGCUGGAAACUGUCACUUUUUCAUCUAAUAGAAAAUAUUAAAGAAAAAAUAUAAUUUUCUAUGAAAAUGUCAAAGAAAUAUUGGAAUUUAUUAAGAAUGACUAAAUUUAUUUUUAUAAAUUGAUAAAAGCAAUUAUUUUAUAAGUGAAUUUUAAAAUCAUAUUUUAUUUAUUAUUUCUUAUCUUUAUCUUUCUUAUAAUUUCUGCAAAGUAUUACAAUUUUUUGAAAUUAGUCGGCAACGACAUUAGUCGAAAUAUAAUAGAAUGACUCAUUUAUUAUUUUUUGCUGUUUUUUUUAUCUUACUUUAAUAUUGAGACUACUAACUAAAAAUCUGCUGAGUCACUAUGCUCUGGAGAGAAUUUAAUUAAAAUUUUUAGGCAUAUUCAUGCAUAUUUUCUUUCUGGACUGUAUUAGAAAGAGAAUAAGUUAGCAAAGUUUCACUAGACGGUUUUUUUAGCGUUAAAAAUAAAAUUUUAUAGCUAUCCUGUUGAAAAUUCCUGUACAAGACCUUGGUUAUUUUUUUGUACAAGUUCAGUACAAGAAAUUGGAAUAAGUUCAUGUGCAUGUUUUUCUACAGGGUGCCGAUCGACCGAGAAUAGACAGGGAAUUUUAAAAAUCUAGAAAGCGCAUAGUGGAUUUUUUUAUUUUGGCUUAUUCUUAAAUCAAUUCAAUCUAGAGCACCGUGGUGUACAACGUGACCCUAAAAUAUUUAAAUAUUUUUUUAAUUAUAAUUGAAACAUGUGUUUUAAGUAUGUAAGUACUUCAACGUCAAUUAUAUGUAACUUCAAGGUACUUCUUUGUGUUGUACUUUGUAAUAAAUAUCAUAUUUAAGUACAUAUUCGAAAAAUGUUUUCUAUUGAUUUAUUUGUAUGAAUAAAAAUAACAAUAAAAUCUGUAUUAAAUUA